UGUUUGGUACAUACUACGUAAGAGUGUUAUUAUAUAUACGUUUGUAAUUGUACAUAGAAGUCACGUUGCAAGCGGCGUGGCUGAUUUCUUAUUCUGACAUUCUAUCAUUAAUCUAUAUACUGCGUUCGAGUUUGGCUCUUUUCUGUUUGUGUUGAAUCAACUCAGUUUUAAUUUAGUGAAGUUCUAGAAAGUCCAUUCUAACUACACUUAAUUUUUUUAGGAUUAAAUAAGUGGCAAGUGUUAAAACGAUUAAAAGACGAUAUUUAGUGAUAUAAAUUUGCAAAAUAUAAAAAACUGUUUUGUUCAUAGCGAUGUGAUAUAACUCAACAUUAACAUUUUCUGUUACUAUUGUUUUAAAAUAAUUAUUAUUUGAAAUGAGCGUUUUAAGAUUUUGAGUAAGUGUUUACUAUGUUUUUCUCUGGAGGCCUUGGAUUAAAAACUCCUGCGGAUCGAAUUGCUAGACAUCUGAUUUUAGACAGUAAUGUCGGUGACGUAGCUAUGUCGGCCGCCGCGGAGACGAAGUCAGGGUCGAGCACGCGGACUCCUAUUGUGGCUCAAGUGACCACGCCAUCGGGGCGUCAAUCAGGGAAGCACACCGUGCAUUGGUUCAGGAAGGGCCUCCGACUUCACGAUAACCCGGCUUUACGGGAGGGUCUCACGGGCGCUGCAACGUUUCGAUGCGUUUUCAUUAUCGAUCCCUGGUUCGCAAGUUCGUCCAAUGUCGGCAUCAACAAAUGGAGAUUUCUUCUACAAUGCCUAGAAGAUUUAGACAACAAUUUGAAAAAGUUGAAUUCGCGGCUUUUUGUCGUGAGAGGCCAGCCAGCGGAUGCGUUACCGAAAUUGUUUCGGGAAUGGGGAACAACUGCACUCACAUUCGAGGAGGACCCCGAGCCCUACGGCCGCGUUCGGGACCAUAACAUAAUGACCAAAUGUCGCGAAGUUGGCAUAACAGUUACUUCCAGAGUCUCACACACUCUUUACAAGCUGGACAACAUUAUAGAACGUAACGAAGGCAAGGCACCGUUAACGUACCACCAGUUCCAAGCACUGAUCGCUAGCAUGCCUCCUCCGCCGCCGGCCGAGCCCGCCAUAACGGCAGAGAUGCUCAAUGGCGCCGUCACACCGCUCGCGGACGAUCAUGAAGAUCGCUUCGGUGUUCCCACCCUCGAAGAACUUGGAUUUGAAACUGAAGGGCUUAAGCCUCCAAUUUGGAUCGGCGGCGAGAAAGAAGCUUUAUUGAGGCUGGAGAGGCAUUUAGAGAGAAAAGCAUGGGUAGCUUCUUUCGGACGACCGAAGAUGACACCGCAAUCUCUGCUGGCUAGUCAGACAGGACUAUCACCUUACUUAAGAUUUGGAUGCUUAUCCACGAGGCUAUUUUAUUAUCAACUCACCGAGCUGUAUACACGGGUCAAGCGAGUUUUGCCGCCAUUAUCGUUACACGGCCAGAUAUUAUGGAGGGAAUUUUUUUAUUGCGCUGCGACUAAGAACCCCAACUUUGAUCGAAUGGAAGGGAACCCGAUAUGUGUACAAAUCCCUUGGGAGAAGAAUCAAGAAGCUCUCGUGAAAUGGGCAAAUGGCCAAACUGGUUUCCCAUGGAUAGAUGCAAUAAUGAUUCAGUUACGAGAGGAAGGUUGGAUACAUCAUCUAGCGCGACACGCAGCCGCUUGCUUCCUCACGAGGGGCGACCUCUGGAUCUCAUGGGAGGAGGGCAUGAAGGUAUUUGACGAGCUGCUCCUGGACGCGGAUUGGUCAGUUAACGCGGGCAUGUGGAUGUGGCUGUCGUGCUCGUCUUUCUUCCAGCAGUUUUUCCACUGCUAUUGUCCCGUCCGCUUUGGUCGAAAAACUGAUCCAAAUGGUGACUUCAUAAGGAAGUAUAUUCCAGCGUUGAAGAAUUUACCAACUCGUUAUAUUCACGAGCCUUGGAUGGCGCCGGAAGCGGUGCAACAAGCUGCGAACUGUAUCAUUGGACGAGACUACCCACAGCCGAUAGUCGACCACGCUAAGGCAUCGCAGGUUAACAUCGAGCGCAUCAAGCAAGUUUAUGCCCAACUCGCCAAGUACAAACCUCCAGGUUCAUCAAUUCCACCGAUAUUACAAAGGCCAAAUGUAACACAAUCUUCACCGAGUCCAACAUCCAUAAUUGCAAAUAUAAAUCAAUCAAAUUAUUUAUGUAGUCAAACACCUGAAUCCGCUUCACAGUCAUCUCCGACUACACAAAUCAAAGAUGACGUUUUCCUCCGACCAACUAACAUCCGAAGUGUUGCUACAAAUAAAGCAACACCUUUUAAGCAUGUUGUAAUUGUGGAACAGAAUAGGCGAGAGGAAAUCGAAACCGAAAAUAUGAAUGGAUCAAAGUUUGACGAUACAAACAAAUCUUUUAAAAUUAAUGACAACACCGAUACUAUGCAAAACUCGAAAAAAUCGGGAAACUACGAUUUCAAAAAUUUAAUCAUAAAUAAUUGUAUACAGAAGUUUUCUAGUGACCAGUUGGCAUUUUUAAAUCAACGAACCAAUAAAAAUGACCAUUACAGCGGUGAUAUUAAAAUAGAUGAAUACAGCACAAGCAAACCGAAAUUAUUUUUCAUAGAUAAUGGAGUAAUGUCUCAUAAUGACAGCGAACAGAACUUUACAUCUAAUAACUACAGAGAUAACUAUCACGGUAAGGAUAGCCAUACCAAAGUACAGAGUGCAGAAUCUAAAAAUGAACAUAAAAUGAACACAAAUAGUUCAAGUCCAUCCGAUCCUAAGAAUAUAUCAGAUAAUAUAAAUAAAUAAAAUAUAAUUACAAACAUUUAAUUUUUUAUUUUAAGUAUUUAUCAUCUUUGAUAAAUUAUUAAUUUCGAUUUGUUAUGUUAGUACAGACAAAAUGUUUUUUAAAUGUUAGAAAGAAAGUUAACAGCAUAUUAAUUCUCUAAUGAUGCUACAAUUUUCAUGUGCUGCUGUAAUGCCUUUUUCGCUUUUCUUGAUUUCACAGGUUUAUCUUCUUUAUUUGGAUCUUUUUCAUUUCCUUUUUUAAACUCAUUUUUUAUGUUUCCUAAGAUAGAGAUCUAAAAUAAGAAACAUUUUAAUCAAAUAGUCAAUUUAAUAAAAUAAUAAUGUUUCAUUACUAGUAGAAAUCAAGUAGUUAAAUUAUCAAUGAUAUACUUACUGUUUCUGGUAUAUGCACAUAUCUAAUAUUUCGUGCUUGUACAAAUAAAUUAUCAAAAUAAUAUUCAUUUUCUUGAGAAUCACAAUACACAGCUUUACUCAUUGAGAUGUUCAUGUAGCUGUAAUGAUAAUAGUGGGCAUUUUAAUCAUACUUUAUGUUCUAAAUAAUACAAUAACUUGUGUUUUUCUAUUACUUAAUCCUAAAAGUAAUCCCUAUCUCUUUCCUAAUCUUAAUACUUUGUUGUAUAUAUGUUAAUAACUUAGUUAUCAUAGUCCUUCCAAAUUGUAUAUUAAAUAUAGGUUAAUCGUUUUAUUCUUAACAAUUAUUCUUAUUAAGUCUUGGUAUGUACAACUGUGUGUAAUGUGUUGAAACAUUAAAAUGUUUUAAAAUGUUGGCCUUACAUAAAAAUGUUGUUUAGCAAUUGUUUAGACACUUAUUUAUCUCUUUCUGUCAUCAUUGAUUUCAUAUUUGAAAGAAGAAAACAGCAUUAUUCAAGUAAUCUGCUCCUAAACACUAUUUACAGGUAAAGUUUUUUGUGACUAAUAUUCAGUAAUGAAAAUUGUAAAUACUUUCAUAAAUGUUUUUAAUGUAAUUAGAUUUAUGAGCAAUAAUCAUUUACUAUAAAUUUGUUAUUUUUUAAUAAAUUGUGGUAAAAGUCUAGGAAAAGCACUUUAUUAGCACAUU